AACGUUUGGACGUUCUCACUGUUGUUUCUUUGCCGACUGCUCAAUGAAGAUUGGUUUUAGCUGUGUGUUCAAAGUCCUGGCUCAUUAACAGUUUUAAAAUGGGGGACCGAGUUGAGGUACAGAUCACUCCAGAGACCCCAGGCAGGCCUUCCAUUAGAAAUCCCUUUGAAAGUCCCAAUGACUACCACCACCUCCGCGAGGCCCUGGUGCCAAGCCCAUCUGUCUUCAGGUCCAAGCCUUGUAAAGCUACUCCUCCUAAGUUUAACUGGUCUAUUGAUGAAAUGGCCAGUCUUCUCCCAGUGCACAUUGACCCGGAGGAAAUCCAGAGACAGUCCUUCUACCUCAGCCAGACGAGGAUGGAUUCUGACAUCGAGGAAAAACGCCAGAGCGCGAUUGAGCAGUUUUUCACCAAAGGAACCAUUGUGCCUUCCCCCUGGGCAGCAACAGACACCCGUAAAGGCCCUCAGAUCUAUAUGAAAAGUUGCAUGUCUGCAAUGAUUGAAGAGGAGCCAGAGAAAAUCUCAGUUGCUUGCCAGACAACUCUUUCGUUACCUUUGGCUUUUGAUUUGGAGAAAGUCCUAGGGGAUUAUUACCGGCACGAGGAGGCGUGUGAAGCUGUGCAGGAGAGCCUCAGCUCUUCCUCCUUAAGACGAAAGCUCUUCCUCGAUGGCCGGGGCAGUUACAGUGGCUCUGACAGCUCCAGCCCACCAAGCCCAGACAGAAGCCACGCCAGGCAGGAGAGACCUUCCCUAAACCGAGGAGAGGGAGCUGUAGGAGGGCUUGAAGCUAUAUCGUCUAUAUUUUGCUCCCCUUUGUCCUGCGGCGUGUCGGCUCCGACUCCUUCUACGGGUCAGUUUUCAUCCAGUCCCAUUCAGCACGGCUGCUUCCGGGACUGCAGCCUUGGCAGCAUCACCAGUCCUCUGUUCCCUGAUAGGUCGUCUCCUGCUGGCCUUGUCUCCCCAUCAAUAUCUCCUGUUGUCGCGAAUGCAGCACGCACACCCAUGGGCUCAGCUGAGAGGAGGCAGCUGAACAAUCUGACACCACAUGGUGUCCCCCGUGACACAGAUGUCACUUCCACCAAUGAGAGCCCAUUUGUCGAGGGCUGUUCUCCCAUUCGUAGCUGCUCCCCGCACCAGCUCCGCUGCCUCAAUGAGCCCCAGCACAACAGCAGACCCAGGCCCCGGCCUGCAGUCCGCUGCUGGGCUUCCCCUCCCCUCAUCUCCCCGAUCCUCAACCCAAAACUCCAAGACAAUCAGGAAGGCGAGGAACAACUCCCCUGCUCCACCUCUUCCUCCUCCUCCUCCUACUCUUCUUCUCUCCCUCUUAUGGAGCUAGAUCCAUCUUCACCCAUAGUCCGUGACGCUCACCCUGCUGACACUGAGCGAGUUAGCCUGGAUCCUACGGAACCUGUGAACAUGGAGGAUGACAAGGAGACGGGGAUUGAACGGAGGCUUGAGGAUGAGGAGGAUGAAGAGGAGGAAGAUGGAAGGCCUUUGGGACAGCUGACCAGCUCUCGUAUGGGCAAUGUGUCAGCAACAGAAAGCUCUCAGAUGUUUGUAUCUCUUCUGGCAGAGGGAAGCAGCAUACGCUACGACUCCAGCAUGCAGGUGGACAGCGGGUACAACACUACCUCAGCAGGCACCGGCAGUCUUAUAGAUGGCCUCGGCUCAGACUGUCACAGCAAAGAGUCCUUCAGUUCAAACCCACUAGAAGAAGCCUCCCAGGUCGCUCGACACACUAAAGUAAAGGUAUUUUAUCCUCACCACUGAGACAUCUGAUUGAUGCAUUUAAAGGGACGCCUCUUCCAGUGGAAGCUGGAAAUGAUUAUUUCGCAAUCAAAUACAAAGUUUACACUAAGUUUGAAGCAUUUACGUGGAAUGAAUUUGGUUUGGGUGAAUGUGGUUGACUGUUAAAUGAAAUAGGAACAGAGCUGAAGGGUUUCACAAGUGGUUAUAAGGGCUGCAACUAACUUAUUUUCAUUUAUUUUUAUUAUUAAUUGAAGGUGGAAAGAGCAAAUGUUUUGACAUUUUUGUUUGAAAAAUGAAACGAUUAUCAAAAUAGUUGGCAAUUCAUUUUAUUUGAAUUUGCUAAUUGAUUAAUCGACUAAUUUUUGCAGCUCUACUGGUUAUUGGUUCUUUUAAGGUUCAAAGUUCAAACUGUGCGACUAGAAGCAAAUGCUCUACCAUAGUGUGUUUUAUCACCAGUAAGAAGGGAGAAGACUAAUCUAUAGUCCCACUGUAAGACACUGAGAAGCUAUAAUCCAAGUUAACAGUUCUUUUGGUUCCAGCAUACUGGUGUGAUAAGAGGGGAGAAAAAAAGUCAAUCCUGUAUUAAACAUGGACAACAGUAAGCCUGAAUGCUGUAUUGAUGCUAAUGCCAUUAUUUCAAUUUUAUUCGGUGCUGAUGUGAUCAACAAAAUAGAUCCUGACUUUUGGAUGACAUCAGAUUUGUACUGUAUUUAUGUUUUUAUAAAACCGUUUAUCAUGA